GCCUCCUUUCCAGGAACCCAUUGGUGGACCAGAAUAUACAUGUAGUCUUCCGCUGCUGCUGUUGAAGGUCCAUCCCAAACCGCCAACAACACAACUCUCGGCCUAACUUACAGUCGUAUCAGCUCCCAGUCCCAACCAAUUUCGUCAAUACGUACAUACAUACAUCACGGCGGCGCUACCUCGUGCUCCCCAGUCAAUGCGGCUCUCAGCUUCGAGAUCUACCAGCAUAGUCUCUUAUGUUGUAUAGGAGCGUAGAAGGGAUGCACAACAUGAUCGGAUCAUCUGGCAUGGACCAGGAUAGCCAUCUUGCCCAUGACAGCAACAUGUACUCCAACGAUCAAUGGUCUGAUAUGAGCGCUUACAACCAGAUGGCCAUGUCGGGCUACGGGGGAGAAUACUACAUGCCGCCCGUAACUCACGGACUGCCUCCUGAGUCCAUCGGUAACCACAUGCCACCUCCACCAGUCCCUCAACCGAUACAGCAUCACCAUGCGCAGUACUCAAACCAGCUGCCUCCGCCGUUGAUUAUUCCCACGCAGAGGAGCCAAGUACCAUGGCCCAGUCUUCAGACAAAUCCAUCGCAGAACUACUCGGCGCCGCCGGUCGCCAUUCCACCGCAGUCGGCGCCAUCCCAGAGACAACAGCCCAAAUUGCCAACUUUGACGACGUCGCAGCCCAGGAAGACUCUGACAGACGACGACCGCAGGAGAAUGUGCCAGUUUGCCGAAGACAACCCCACCGUAAAACAGACAGAGAUCGGACAGAGAUUUGGUGUAGAACGCAGGUAAGUCAAGACUGGGUCUGUGGAAGAUUGGCUCGAGUAUUCUGAUGCUGGUGUUAGUACGGUGUCCAAGGUUCUCCGGAAAAAAGAGCUGUAUCUUUACCAGGAUCAGGAGCGC